CUCGAAAAUCAGAUCCCUAAAUCCACCACAUUUUUGGGCAAACGACUGAUGGACAUGAUGACUGUCAGCUAUUACGGCCAUUCAUCCACCCGCCGAGUCAGCUUUCGUCGUGCCGCAUCGAGAUCAUGGUCAUGGUGAAUUCAGUCGUGGAUUCAUGUGUCCAGCGGAGGCUUCUUGCCUUGUCGUUGUCCAUCGGAAGGUGUUCUGUCAGCUUCUUGAGGCUCAUCAACGUGCCCUUCCUCCUCCCCCUCUUGUUGCCCGUCCUCCCCGCCCUGGCAUCCCCUCUCCCCCCGGCAUACAGCUACAACCUCAAGAGCACCUUUCCGGGCCACAAGCAGCGCUCAACUCAGUCAAUCCGGCUGCCCAAGCACCAGCCGAAGACACCCGUCGGGCCUGCGGAGGCCAUUGCAGCUGCAUCACGGCCGCUAAGGUCAGUUGAUGGCGGAAACGUGGCGGAGACGAGGCUGAGAGAGUUGCUGAGUCGCUACCGCGCCCAGGGAAGGCCAGACAAGGAGGAGAGGGUGUGGGGGGAGCGGCUGACCGAGUACAAUCGGGUGCGGGCCGCCGUUAUCAAGAGCAAGGACGCUGGGAGGGAAUGGACGGCUCACUCUCUCGCACAAAAGGUGCAGCUGACCCCUUUCGCCUUGGUCAGAGUGGUCCGCGACGGCCGGGCUGCCGAGGAGUGGCUCACGUGGGCUUCCCAGCACGCAGCGAGCUAUGUGGUGCAGCAGUACAUGGGCAGGGGGACGCCCAGCGUGCGUCGGUGGCUGCCGAAUGAGGAGCUGCUGCACGCUACCUUUGUGGGUGUGAGGCGGGCGUUGGUGAGGUACAAUGCGACAAGGGGAGCCAAGUUCACGACCUAUGCGCAGCGGCUGAUGGAGCAGGAGGCAUACAAUGUCAUCCAGGGGGCCCAGCCAAUACAGUUUCGGGUAGGUGGGUGGGAGGCGGGAAGGAGGAACGGCGAGCGGCCUUCAUGCAGCUGUGUGUGUGGUAUGCAGACAAAGCGUCAGGAGAGGUUGGUUCCGAAACUGCGCAGUUAUGAGUACCAGGACGUCUUGAAGCAGGAGGGGGCCCUCGCCGUGGGCAAACGACUCAACCUCACCCUCGAGUAGGCAACCAGGCCGUGGGCAGAUGGGAGGCAGCACUGUUUGGAUGUGUUUGUCUGUGUGUACGGUACGUGUGUAUGUAUGUUAGUGAGUUGGAGCCCAUGUUGGAAGUGGCUAAGGGUCGCUACACGACCUUCGAUCAGCUCAAUACUCGGCUGGAGAGGGCGUAUGCUGAGCCAGUGGGGCCAUACGAUGGAUUCGAAGCCGCGGUGAGCUCACCCAGUGAGGGGAUGGAUGGAUGGAUGGAUGGGUGGAUGUGAUGUGCGUGUGGUGUGUCACUCAGGGCGGUAUUCAUGUCGAUGAUCGUGAUGUGGGGGUGGAGGUGCGUGCGCGGCACUUCAUGGAGUCCGUCAACGAACGUCUCAGGAAACACCUCACGCAGGUGCGAUACACACACAGCGCACACAGCGACGAGCAUAUGUGCCCUGGAAGUGAUGGAUGUGAUGCCUCUGUGUGUGUGUCUUUCAGGUGGAAAGGGACAUGAUUCGGUUGAUGUAUGGUUUUGACGACUAUGUGGUCAAGUCGCUGGACGAAGUCGCAAAGCUUACGCGGAUACCCAGGCACCAGGCAGAGGAGGUGGGUGGCGGUGUGUGUGGGUGCCUGUGGACACGCUGUUGUAUGUUAUGUUGGCCGUGGUCAUGCAGAUAUUGGUGUCUGGCAUUGACAAGCUUCGCGACAGCCCUGACUUGCUGCAGGAAAUCACUGACUUUGCUGGUGUGGUGCGGCACCGGGACAGUAUCACGCCAAAAAGUGCUCUGCCGGUCGGCAAGUAUUGACCUGCCGUGAGUGUGUGAGCUGAUGUGCGAGUCACAUUUGGUUGGUGGUAGUCGAUAGUAU